AUGGUAGGCGGCAAAGAUGAAGCCAAACUGGCUGAUUCCCCGAACCCUCCUAAGCAGAGUCAACAAUCGUCGGACGGAUCUAUCCCACAGCCUCUACAGGGUCUACCCUCCGAUCACUCCUCUGCUCAAGGAACUCCCUCCAGCCAGAAUUCUGGUAGACCUCUUCCACCUAUUCCACCUCGCCAGCCAUUCGUCCGUCUGCCGCUCUGCACACACAGCGUGGUGGAACGACAGUUUUCCGUGAACCCCUAUGAGCAGUGCGAGUCUUGCGGUAGGAUUCCUUUCCUCGGGUCGUUCUUCGUCUGUGUCGAAGACACCUCGGGUUUCUCUGACCCAUUGGAUCCCAUCCGAGGCCCAUUUCUCAGUCCCUGGAUUUUGAAAGCGAUUGAAACCGGACAAUACACGGAGGAAGAACGAGAGGUGUUGAUUCAGCAAAAGUUGCGCGUCCUGACCAUGGCUGACAUGGAGAGAGCUCCGAGUCCUUCGAUCUCCAUGCUGGAAGCCGAGUACGGGGCUGGAGAAGCUGCCAUGCAGCAGACCGGACAGACCGCAUCUUCUCCUGCAAGCCCUGGCGGAUCAACGGCUGACCUGUUCCCGCAUCCGCUGCCACCGCUGCCGUGCAUCCUCAGAGCCUGUCGUCACUGCGAGCGUCGGUUCACCAAUCUGGAGGAGCGCUCCUGGGCCAGCAUCAACGAGGUCUGCAACGAUCCCGCCAUCGGGCCUCCCGCUGCGUUUGAGCUGGCAGGCAGGCCGGUUUCUGAUGCCAAUAUCGUCCGGAACUUGGGUCUGCGUUCAUGUGCAGCUCCUGGUCCCACCGAAGACUGCGCGGAAGACAGCGGACAGGAAGGCCUGGGCAGUUUGUUUGAAUUUCAGAUCGAUCUCAACGGGGAUGACCUGUCUAGUCUUUUCAACAAGACAUUAGAGACUGUGGAAGCGGGUGACAUCAAACAGGUGGAUUCUGCUGACAUUGGCGCCGAUGAAUCGAACUCAAGCAGACUUAUCGGACUGGAAAUGAACGAUGAAUCAGAGACAGGCGGUGAUAAAGAAAUUGAUGCAGGAGGAGUGUCACUGCGGUGA